CCGCCGUUGGACGCAUCACCAAAUAUUUCAACAGCAAUGGCACGCCGCUAAUAACCGUCGGUGGUGGAACGUUCGAUUUUGAGGCCAAAAAGACCACCUGUGCCGAUGAAUUCUAUAUGCUGUUGCGUACGGGAAUGCUAAGCUUUCGCACAAUAUCCGAUCUCACAAUAAAUGUAAUGAAACAAAAUAAAUGGUCCCGUUCGAUAUUCUUUUAUGAUCGUGAUGGUCAGACCAGUGUUGCCGGUCAGCACACCUGUUUCCUAAUGAUGAAAACGCUGGGCGAACAAAUGCGUAAAAAUAAUAUGAAUUUUGCCCAGCAUUGGAUAUCACGCGACCAAAAAGAUCGUCACCGGGAGAUGGUACAUGAAAUUGGCAAUAAACAUUCAG